AUGGUGAAGAUGCCCCCCGCGCCCGAUGGCAAGAUUUACUCGGCAACAUACAGUAAUGUCCCCGUCUACGAGUGCAAUGUCAACGGCAACCAUGUCAUGCGCCGCCGCGCCGACGACUGGAUCAACGCGACCCACAUCCUCAAGGUAGCCGACUACGACAAGCCUGCGCGAACCCGCAUCCUCGAGCGCGAAGUCCAGAAGGGCGUGCAUGAAAAGGUCCAGGGUGGUUAUGGCAAAUACCAGGGCACAUGGAUACCGCUGGAGGAGGGACGCCAUCUGGCAGAGCGCAACGGCGUCCUUGACAAGAUGCGCGCCAUCUUCGACUAUGUCCCUGGCGACCGCAGCCCUCCUCCUGCGCCCAAGCAUGCGACUGCUGCGUCGAAUCGCAUGAAGCCGCCCAAGCAAACUGCGGCUGCGGCUGCUCGGAAUGGUAAAAACGUCUAUUCGCUUGAGUCUAUGCAGUCAUUCGUAACCACCAGCGCGCAGUCGCAAGUUAGCGAAGAGCCGUACGAGGCCUCUCAGAUCAGGUCGCAGAUCUUCCGCGAGGAGACACCGGACAACGAGACUGUCAUUUCAGAGUCGAUGCUGGGCGACGCAGACAUGCUGGAUUCAUACUCGACGGGCGGCAACAGGAAGCGCAAGAGGGGGAUGGAUCAAAUGUCCCUGCUCGACCAGCAACACCAAAUAUGGGCAGAUCAGCUGCUGGACUACUUCAUGCUGUUAGACCACGAAUCUGCCGUCUCAUGGCCUGAACCACCGCAGAGCAUAAAUCUGGACCGCCCGAUCGACGAGAAGGGACAUGCGGCCAUGCAUUGGGCGGCGGCAAUGGGCGACGUAGGGGUUGUGAAGGAGUUGAUACAUCGGGGAGCGCGUAUUGAUUGUCUGUCAAACAACCUAGAGACACCCCUCAUGCGCGCCGUCAUGUUCACCAACAACUUUGACAAGGAGACUAUGCCCAGCAUGGUCAAGAUUUUUCAGCAGACAGUUCACCGGACAGAUUGGUUUGGAAGCACUGUGUUCCACCACAUCGCAGCGACAACGAGCAGCUCAAACAAGUACGUUUGCGCGAGGUGGUAUCUCGACUGCAUCAUCAACAAGCUGUCGGAAACAUGGAUACCAGACGAGGUCACACGGUUACUGAACGCAGUAGACCAGAAUGGCGACACGGCGAUCAUGAUUGCUGCGCGGAACGGGGCGAGGAAAUGCGUGCGAAGUUUGCUAGGACGUAAUGUCUCCGUAGACAUAAUGAACAAAAAGGGCGAAACGGCAGACGACCUGAUCAGGGAGCUCAACAGUCGACGACGAACGCAUGGACGCCCACGGCAAGCUUCAUCGUCACCUUUCGCGCCACCACCAGAACACCGACUCAACGGACACGUCCCACAUCUAGAUGGCGGACCGCUAAUCCCGGUGCCAUUCCCCAGCAUGGCUGUCCGAGAACCUAUUCAGUACCGCUCACAGACCGCUUCGAAUCUCAUGAACAAAGUCGCGCCAACGCUGCUGGAAAAGUGCAAAGAGCUAGCCGAGGCAUACGAAUCCGAACUGCAAGAGAAGGAGGCGGAAUCAUUCGACGCAGAACGUGUAGUCAAGCGACGCCAAGCCGAACUGGAAGCCGUACGAAAACAAGUCGCCGAGCUCCAGCUCAUGUCGAAUGGCAUACACAUCGACCUCAACGACGACGAAGCAGAUCGGCAGCAAGAAGAAGAACUGCGGUUACUUGUGGAAGAAGCCGAGUCCCUACUUGAAAUUGAACAAAAAGCCGAGCUCCGUCGACUAUGCAGUAGCAUGCCACAGCAAAACGCCGACACAUCGCCUGUGGACGUUACAGAGAAGAUGCGACUAGCCCUCCUCCUACACCGCGCGCAACUCGAGCGGCGGGAACUUGUCCGAGAAGUCGUGAGUAAUCUCAGUGUGGCAGGCAUGAGUGAGAAGCAAGGCACGUAUAAGAAGCUCAUCGCGAAAGCGCUGGGCGAGCGCGAGGAAGACGUCGAGUCCAUGUUACCGGAGAUUCUGCAGGAGUUGGAGGAGGCGGAGACACAGGAACGGGCUGAGGGGUUGGAUGGGAGUCCGUUGUAG